CGUUUCAAUUAAAUUACCUACUUUUGAUUACUUUACUCAUACAUAAUUAUUUUAUUAUCUUAAACUUUGAAAUAUGAGCAAAAUCACAAACAAAAGGCCUGUUAUUGAGUCCGGACAGUGUAGAUGCUGUGGGGGUAUUAAGAGAUGUAGACUGUUAAAUGUAGAAUAUGAAUGGUUUGGACAAAAAGAAGUGUAUACGAAUAUGUUUCUUGAUUGUUUUGGACUACUACUCUCAAAUUUGGACGGAGAGCCUGAGGAGCGCUUAAUAUGUGCUACAUGCGUCACCAGGCUAAGAGAAGCGUUUUGUUUUCGCAAUCAAGUUCUUAAAUGCGAAGAAAAGUUAUUGCACACUAGACUACAUGGAGAACAUGAUUCAACUUUAAAGCUAAAUGAAGAAAUCAAGCAGGAAGGACUUAAAGAAGAAAUAUUUGCAUUACCUGACCAAAUUUUAGAUGAUGGUGAUAUAGAAAAUAGUCACGAAGAUUUGGAAAUUACUAUAGAAAAUAUAUCACCAAAAAGGAAAAGAAAAAAAUCGAAAUUGAAUAAGAAUAAAGACAGGAAACUAGAAAUCGCUAUUAAAUCUAGUAAAGUAAAGAAAAAAAUACAGAAAAUAAAAGUUGAUGUCCAUGGUGAAUCACCAAAUGAAUUGACCGGAUUGAAUAGCUCCAAGUCCAUGCAAAAUUUAUACACUAUAGUGGAAAAUUCAUUCGCACAACCCUUCGACACAUCUUUUAGUGACUAUUUUUGUAUUUAUUGCCGGGAGAUCUUUACAGAUCCCAACAAGCUAAGAGAACAUUCACUCGCCCACGACCCGAAAACAUUUAAAGACGUUUAUGUAGCAAACAAAAAAUUGCAAUUAGACAUUUUUAGAAUAGACUGUAGAUUGUGUUCAGAACGAAUAGAAGAUCUAGAUAUCUUAAAAGAACACCUCGUGAACUCUCACGAGAAAGUUGUACAUAAUGCGGCUGACGACUUUUUAAAAUUUCGGCUUACCUCUGGCACACUGACCUGCUUAGAAUGUAAUGCCAAUUUCAAUUUUUUUCAUGCGCUAAAAAAGCAUAUGGCGGAACAUUUUGGGUCUUUUAUUUGUGAUAUUUGCGGCGCACAUUACUUCGAGGAGCGGAUGCUCGCGGUGCAUCAGAAGACCCACAAAAAAGUCGACGAGUACUUCCAAUGCAAAGAAUGUGGCAAGACGUUCAAAUCGAAGUACACGAGGUACAUACACGUAGCAAGAAUGCACAAAAAGGAGGCGGCAUAUCAAUGUAGCAAAUGUGACGAAGCCUUUUUCUCCAGUACCAUUAGAUAUCGCCACAUGAUCGAAGCGCACGGACUAGAGAGGAUGUACCAGUGCGAGCAAUGUGACCGAGCUUACGACAGUCGCAAAUCGCUAAGAGAGCAUUGCAGGAGGUUCCACCUAAAGAUACAGAAGCACCAGUGUGAUCUAUGUGAUAAGAGAUUCUAUCUGCCGUCGAGAUUAAAAGAACACAUGGUCAGUCACACAGGAGAAAGAAACUUUAGAUGUGAGUGCUGCGGUAAGAGCUACCCGAGGUUACGAGGACUCAAAGUUCACAUGCAAUCUCAUAUUAUCAGUGACAAGAAAUACAAAUGUACCCUAUGUAACGCAUCCUAUACGCAGAACGCAAACUUAAAAAAUCAUUUAAGUAGACAGCAUCAAAAUAUUGAAUUGAAUGAUAGUAACUUUAAUAAUCAGUGAUAAUAAUUUAUAAUGUAACUUGUGUUUAAAUGAUAACCACUGUUAGUAUCAGAUAUAGCCUAUAACCUUUGGCCUAGGUAGGCUGUAAAAAUUGUACUGAUGCCCAACUGGUUUUGAUGAUCAGGUGCCGGUAGAGUUGUUGGUAUCAGUAGAUUCGUUGUAACUUGUAAGCCAAGUCAAAAAUAUAAUAGUAGUGCACCCAUCUAUAGUGUGCUAUCCAUAACAUACAUAAUAUAAUAUUAUGUAGUGA